GGACUCCAAGAUGGCGUCAGUCGUGCCACUGAAGGAGAAGAGACUGAUGGAAGUCAAAUUAGGGGAGUUGCCAAGCUGGAUAAUGAUGCGAGAUUUCACCCCUAAAGGCAUUGCUGGAGCAUUUCAAAGAGGUUACCACAGGUAUUACAACAAGUACAUCAAUGUGAAGAAAGGAGGUGUUGCUGGGGUUUCUAUGGUGCUGGCAGCUUAUGUGAUUUUCAACUACUGCCGUUCCUAUAAGGAACUAAAGCAUGAGCGACGACGCAAGUACCACUGAAGAGGGCCCAGUGUGGACUCCACAUUCCUGACCAUGACCUUUGCCCAGCACCUCUGAAUCCUUUCAUAUUGUAAUGUAACACCUAAUAAAAGGUGGCUGGUAAAAAAAAAAAA